UGCAGUUGAUUAUUCGAGUCAACACUAUAGCGAUCGAGGCCAAGUCUUGUUCUCUCCGUUGGACGGAUAGUUUAAAAGCGUUCAUUUGGUGCAUUAAUCUUCUCAGCAUACCUUGCUUUCUAGUUGGAAAACAGGUUCCACUCUCUCUCUCUCUCUCACGCACACACAGGAAAACAAAACGAUGGCAAGAAGGGGCAACACAAGAAGGCAUGGGAAUGACCAGGUUUCAAUUGAAAUUCAAAAAAUGAUAACUGGUCUGACUCCUCUAUCAAACAGUUGUUGCAUCUUUAGAGUUCCCGAGAGACUUCGUGAAACGAAUGAAAAGGCUUACACACCUCAGGUGGUUUCCAUCGGUCCACUUCAUCGUGGCAAAAAACGCUUGCAGGCCAUGGAAGAACAUAAAGUUAGAUGCUUGAAGUCGCUCUUUAACAGUAGUAACAGCGGCAUGAAUAUGGAGCGCUGUGUAGGAGAGGUAAAGAUGUUGGAAAAGAAGGCUCGCGGUUGUUAUGCAGAAAGCAUUAAGCUUAGCAGUGAUAAAUUUGUGGAAAUGAUUCUUUUGGAUGGAAGUUUCACCAUUGAGGUCAUUCGUAGGUAUGAUACCUCUUUGGAAGACGGUACGGAUUACUUAAACAGGCAUAUUCGGAUGAAUGAUCUAUUUCAGGACAUGAUAUUAAUUGAAAAUCAGCUUCCCUUCUUCGUUCUUGAACGUCUGUACAAACUACUCUUCCAUUCCACUCGCAGACGGAAAGUCCAGUCCUUCCUCAAGCUUUCAAUUGCCUACUUUGCAGAUGCUGGUAUUGUCAGUUCUAACUCCACACAAUUAUUUUCAAGUUCCAGCAAAAUAAAGCAUUUUGUUGAUUUGUUGAGGUCAUGUCACUUACCAUCAUCUCUAAGGCCAAAACCUCAUUUAAAAGUCAAAUUUGUGCCCAUACGCAAUGCAACAGACCUUCAAGCGGCAGGAAUGAAAUUUAAGAAGGGCUCAAGCAAUCGUUUGCUCGACAUAAAACAUGACAUGAAAGAGCUCAAAAUCCCCCCCUUGAUCUUAUGUAAUUGGACAGAACCAUUACUCAGAAACCUCGCGGCGCUUGAGCAAUGUCAAUAUCCAUACGAUAGUUACAUAAUCGAUUAUAUCUAUUUCAUGGAUAAGCUUAUUGACUCUGCUGAAGACGUUGAUUUACUUAUCCGAAAUGGAAUUUUCGAGAACCAUCUAGGCGAUACCUCAGAAGUGGCGAGUCUCUAUAAUAAUCUCACCAAGGAAGUGGUUUUUUGGUGUCCCAACUAUUACUUUUCUGGUAUGAGUGAAGAACUUAAUGAAUAUUGCAAGCGUCGGUGGCCCAAUUGGAAGGCACUACUGAAACGUGAUUAUUUCAGCACUCCAUGGAGAGCGACUUCUACUACCGCUGCAAUUAUUCUGCUUGCACUUACAUUGAUACAAACAAUAUAUUCUGUACUAUCCCUUUAUCAUAAAUAGUACUUAAUUGUCUACUUCAUUAUUUUGAUCAUUUUUGCUAUGCAUUACUAUUUAUUCCAAAUUAUGUAGUUUUCAAUAUUGAUGUUGUCUUAAUGAAGUUAAUUCCAUUG